AGGCGGAUCAGUGAGAGUCAGAGCAGAGGAGAGGAGGGAGCAAAGAGAAAGAAGAGGAGGACAAGGAAAGAGAGUCAUGAGGCCUAUGCUGUUCCUGAGGAGCAUACAUGUAUGAAUGGAUGACAGGGAGACCUGGAGAGACAUGAGAUGGAUUCGUGGGAAGAUGAGCAGGCUGAGCAGCGCUCUUGUCUUAUUUGCGGAGACCGCGCCACAGGACUGCACUAUGGCAUUAUUUCCUGCGAGGGCUGCAAGGGCUUCUUCAAGCGCAGCAUCUGCAACAAGCGCGUCUACCGCUGCAGCCGCGACAAGAACUGCGAGAUGUCCCGCAAACAGCGCAACCGCUGCCAGUACUGCAGGCUGCUCAAGUGCCUGCAGAUGGGAAUGAACCGCAAAGCAAUCAGAGAAGAUGGUAUGCCGGGAGGCAGGAAUAAAAGCAUCGGUCCAGUACAGAUUUCCGAUGAGGAGAUCGAGCGGAUCAUGUCUGGACAGGAGUUUAAGGAUGAUGCCAACAUGCCGGAACACACCUGGGGAAACAACGGCGACAGUGACCACAGUUCCCCUGGCAACGGCGUCUCCGAUGGGAAUCAGCCAUCUCCUGUAUCCACACUUUCAUCCAAUCGCUCUGUGGAACUGAAUGGCUACACCGCUGCUUUGAGGGAACAGUACAUUGGCAAUGCAAUGGCCCAGCAUUACCAGUUCCUGCCUCACCUGUUUGGCUACGCCGCCCAGCCGCGGAGUCUGUACCCCCAGAGUCAUACCCUCAUCAGCCAGCUGGUGGCAGCAGAGGAACUGGCCCCGCUGGGCACACCCAUGCUCAUCGAGGACGGGUAUCGGGUCACUCAAGUGGAGCUGUUUGCACUGUUGUGUCGGCUGGCGGAUGAACUUCUCUUCAGACAGAUCUCCUGGAUUAAGAAGCUUCCUUUCUUCUGCGAGCUGUCCAUCGAGGACUACACGCGGCUCCUGAGCGCCACCUGGCAGGAGCUCAUCCUGCUGGCCUGCCUGACGGUCUACAGCGCCCAGGUGCUGGGCGACCUCGCCAACGUCACCGACAAAUACACCCCGACCGACGACGAGCUGCAGAGUUUCAGUGAGGAUGGGAUGGAGGUGAUGGAGAAGCUGAUCUAUCUUUUCCGGAAGUUCCAUCAGCUGAAGGUCAGCAAUGAGGAAUAUGCCUGCAUGAAGACCAUCAACUUCCUUAACCAAGAUAUCCGCGGUCUGACCAAUGUGACCCAGCUGGAGCAGUUGAACAAACGUUAUUGGUACGUUUGUCAGGAUUUCACUGAGUACAAGUACCCUCACCAGCCCAAACGCUUUCCCGAGAUCAUGAUGUGUCUGCCAGAAAUCCGCUGCAUUGCAGGGAAGUUGGUCAACAUCCCUUUGGAGCAGCUCCCCCUGCUGUUUAAGGCAGUAUUGCACUCCUGUAAGUCAAGUCUGAACAACUACAGGACAAGCUCCACCCCCUGUGUGACAAAGGGUACCGCCCCUGCCAAUUAGCCCCGCCCCCUUGAAAACACCCUCCCCAUCUAUUGCACGGGGGCGGGGUGUUAUCUGGGGGUGGGGCUCCCGGUAUCCUCCUCCUCCUCUCAUGAAUGUGACAAGAAACUAUUUUAUGCAUUUUGUUUAGAUUAGUGUUGUUUUUUCUCUCUAUUUAUUACCAGACAGAGCUGAAUGUAUGUUGAUCCACACUGUGCACAUGCUCCUUUUCAAAUGAAAAUGCACAAAAAGCGCAGUGGAUUUCACACGCUUCAGUCCAACUGCGAUAUGUGACGUGUAACCACUGAUAGAUCUACUACUUGGUUUUAUUUUGUACCUCUGUUCACUUUCUGCCGAUAGGGACAGAUAAAGGAAUUGUUUUAUUGAAAGACUACCUCAGGAAGAAAAUGUUUCACAUGUUCCCUCUCUGUUUUACGAUGCUCCAGGCCGUUAACGUCGACACUGUGCUUCGUGUUUGAGAACGUCUUGUCAUUUCUUACGCAUUUGUGGUGUGCUGCAGUUCUUAAACACAUGCUCGGUAGUCACGUGACUUUAUCUUUCCAUACAAGGCUGCAAUGGAGAGCAUGAUGUUUACACAAAAGAGAGGUGUACAGGAAUGUUUCACAAUCAUAGGCUGGGGACGAAACGAAAGCUCAAUAUGUGUGUUAAUAUAGUUGAAUUCUUUCUUUUUUUUUCUUUUUUUUUACAAAAGUGUUAUGCAAAUUUGGAGGGAAGUAAGCCCUUGUUGAAAAUACGAGAGACUUCUGGGGAGAACAGCAAUGUCCAUCAUGAAGUUACACACGUUUUACACUCAGAGGCUGUUUACACGACAACAUUUUCAGCCAAAAACGGGAGAGUUUUUAUGCGUUUUGCCAGUUCGUUUAAACAGCAAGGGCGUUUUGGAGACUGGAAAUGUAUAUUUUUGAAAACGGGUUUCAAAGUGCUAAUUUUUGAGAACUCCACCAUUAUAGUUUCCGUGUAAACACCCCAAAGGGGAAUCUUUCGAAAACGGUGAUGUCAUGCACAUGCGUAAUAUGUGUUAGGUAUUUAAACAUGUGCAGUAAAUGUUGAUUAUAAAAGCAAGCACGAACAAACAUAAACAACAAUGGCGGA